AUGGGCGACGAGGGCUGCGACGACGCAGGAGCGUCGCUGCUGUCGCACGAGAGCGAGCCAGAGUGGGCGCAAGUGGCGGGCAUGGCGAGCGACCUCGUCGUCACCAACUGCCAGCGCACCUUCCACGUGCACCAGUACCCGCUGUACGCGUUGCUAGCCUUCCACGUGCACCAGUACCCGCUGUACGCGUUGCUAGCCUUCCACGUGCACCAGUACCCGCUGUACGCGUUGCUAGCCUUCCACGUGCACCAGUACCCGCUGUACGCGUUGCUAGCCUUCCACGUGCACCAGUACCCGCUUACCCGCUUGCUAGCCUUCCACGUGCACCAGUACCCGCUGUACGCGUUGCUAGCCUUCCACGUGCACCAGUACCCGCUGUACGCGUUGCUAGCCUUCCACGUGCACCAGUACCCGCUGUACGCGUUGCUAGCCUUCCACGUGCACCAGUACCCGCUGUACGCGUUGCUAGCCUUCCACGUGCACCAGUACCCGCUGUACGCGUUGCUAGCCUUCCACGUGCACCAGUACCCGCUGUACGCGUUGCUAGCCUUCCACGUGCACCAGUACCCGCUGUACGCGUUGCUAGCCUUCCACGUGCACCAGUACCCGCUGUACGCGUUGCUAGCCUUCCACGUGCACCAGUACCCGCUGUACGCGUUGCUAGCCUUCCACGUGCACCAGUACCCGCUGUACGCGUUGCUAGCCUUCCACGUGCACCAGUACCCGCUGUACGCGUUGCUAGCCUUCCACGUGCACCAGUACCCGCUGUACGCGUUGCUAGCCUUCCACGUGCACCAGUACCCGCUGUACGCGUUGCUAGCCUUCCACGUGCACCAGUACCCGCUGUACGCGUUGCUAGCCUUCCACGUGCACCAGUACCCGCUGUACGCGUUGCUAGCCUUCCACGUGCACCAGUACCCGCUGUACGCGUUGCUAGCCUUCCACGUGCACCAGUACCCGCUGUACGCGUUGCUAGCCUUCCACGUGCACCAGUACCCGCUGUACGCGUUGCUAGCCUUCCACGUGCACCAGUACCCGCUGUACGCGUUGCUAGCCUUCCACGUGCACCAGUACCCGCUGUACACGUUGCUAGCCUUCCACGUGCACCAGUACCCGCUGUACGCGUUGCUAGCCUUCCACGUGCACCAGUACCCGCUGUACGCGUUGCUAGCCUUCCACGUGCACCAGUACCCGCUGUACGCGUUGCUAGCCUUCCACGUGCACCAGUACCCGCUGUACGCGUUGCUAGCCUUCCACGUGCACCAGUACCCGCUGUACGCGUUGCUAGCCUUCCACGUGCACCAGUACCCGCUGUACGCGUUGCUAGCCUUCCACGUGCACCAGUACCCGCUGUACGCGUUGCUAGCCUUCCACGUGCACCAGUACCCGCUGUACGCGUUGCUAGCCUUCCACGUGCACCAGUACCCGCUGUACGCGUUGCUAGCCUUCCACGUGCACCAGUACCCGCUGUACGCGUUGCUAGCCUUCCACGUGCACCAGUACCCGCUGUACGCGUUGCUAGCCUUCCACGUGCACCAGUACCCGCUGUACGCGUUGCUAGCCUUCCACGUGCACCAGUACCCGCUGUACGCGUUCCUAGCCUUCCACGUGCACCAGUACCCGCUGUACGCGUUGCUAGCCUUCCACGUGCACCAGUACCCGCUGUACGCGUUGCUAGCCUUCCACGUGCACCAGUACCCGCUGUACGCGUUGCUAGCCUUCCACGUGCACCAGUACCCGCUGUACGCGUUCCUAGCCUUCCACGUGCACCAGUACCCGCUGUACGCGUUGCUAGCCUUCCACGUGCACCAGUACCCGCUGUACGCGUUCCUAGCCUUCCACGUGCACCAGUACCCGCUGUACGCGUUCCUAGCCUUCCACGUGCACCAGUACCCGCUGUACGCGUUGCUAGCCUUCCACGUGCACCAGUACCCGCUGUACGCGUUGCUAGCCUUCCACGUGCACCAGUACCCGCUGUACGCGUUGCUAGCCUUCCACGUGCACCAGUACCCACUGUACGCGUUACUAGCUUUCCACGUGCACCAGUACCCGCUGUACGCGUUGCUAGCCGUCAUUCGUUUCACGUGCAUCAUUACCCAGUGUACAUGUGUAUCCCAUUCGCACCCACCCACCCAUUCCCACCUAUUCCCACCCACCCAUUCCCACCUAUUCCCACCCACCCUUUUGCACCAACUAAUUCACACCCACCCCCACGCGGGGGGCGGCAAGUGGCGGAAUAGGCAGCAAUGCGUGGAGAGAGAAGCGGGGGAGCCGGCGGGGGCGAGGGGGAAGUGGGGGGGCAACCGGGGGGCAGGGGGAAGGCGGAGGGGGAGGAGACGGGGUGCUAGCAGCGGCGCGGAUGGGCGGCUAAAGAACGUGGGGGCGAAUGGGAGCAGUGCUGACCCCUUGACCCCCCCACUCUCCCCCCACUCUGGCGCUCACCAGAGUGGCAGCAGCGCGCACAAGAGAACAACGCAGUGGGUCUCAACUUUCUUCGCCCUCUCCGCUUUUUGUGAUCACUCACUCCCUCUUCUCCUUCCUGUUGACCCCCACUUUCCGUCAGAGAAGGGGAAUGUGGGAGGGUGCGACGCGGAGGGCGGCGAGGAAACGAUUCUGCAUGGCUUCAUGGAUCAUCCGCCGCAGAUCGGCGGUCAUCUGGACGCGAUCAUGGCGGCGCCAGAUGCGGCGGUUCACCCGCAGGAGGCGCAGCCGUCGCUCACGGAGCACGUCAGCAGCAGCGCAGGGGCGAGCGCCAGAGGCUGCUCCGCGCAGCACAACAAUGCACGCGACGACGGCGCAGGACCCGGCUCACGGUCCCCCCGCCCAACACCCCGCAUGUCUCGGCACACGAGCGUCAAACGGGCCGCAGCGCUCGCGGUCAACUCGCGAAGCGCAAGUUGGGGAAGGACGAGGGUGGCGUGUGCGGGUAACGCGGGGAACCGUGAGCAGGCGGCGAUCAGCAGCCGGUCCGCGUCAGAGGCGCAGUGGCAAGGAAAUGGACAGAUGCAGGAGUGCCGGGCGCUGUCGCUGCCACACCACGGGCAACCAGCAACGGCCCUGCGGUGGUCAGCAGGCAGCAGCUGCAGCAGUGCGCAUGCAAGCCCCUUCUCUCGCUUCCUGCCACCUGCGUCGCCGCUCCUGGCUCUGCGUCUUUCUUUGAGGUUUGGAAUGAAGCGCACGGAUGAUGGUUACACUGACGGUGCUGGUAACCACGCAGCAGGCAACGGCAGUCAUGGUUAUGACAGCGGCAACGGGUGUGAGGAUGGAGGCGUGCGUUACGAUGACAUGGGCGGGGAUGACAUGGCUGAAGAUGACAUGGCUGGAGAUGACAUGGCUGGAGAUGACAUGACUGGAGAUGACAUGGCUGGAGAUGACAUGGCUGGAGAUGACAUGGCUGGAGAUCACAUGGCUGGAGAUGACAUGCUGGAGAUGACAUGGCUGGAGAUGACAUGGCUGGAGAUGACAUGGCUGGAGAUGACAUGCUGGAGAUGA